AAAGUAAAAACAUACUGAAAUCAAAAUAUUUUUCAUGAAGUGCCGUCGCAAUAUUUUCGUAAUUCAUUUGCUUAUUUAUUUAAUAAUCAACCUUACAAUUAAGGAUAUAAAAUUUUAAUAUAGAUAACAUAUAUGUAAAGACAAUUGAUUAACGUGAAAUGCUGUGAGCAAUCGUGUAAAUUAUUCAAUAUUUAUUUAUACGUCGUCUAUGUAUGAAUUAACAUCAAUGUUAUACGAUAUCAGUUGUAACUUAUAAGUCAUCAAGAUGGACAAGAUGACCAACCAGCACCACUACAUGUCCGUCAACAGCGGAUGUAGCACUCGUGUUGGUGAAAUUGAACAUAUCAGUCACUUGUCAGAGCACAUCGGGUCACUAUGCCUGUCAUCAGAGUACUCAGAUGUGACACUAAUAGUGGAGGGGCAGAGGAUCCCCGCACACAAAGUUAUUCUAGCUGCUAGUAGUGAUUACUUCAGGGCUUUGCUGUAUGGAGGGAUGCGGGAGUCCAAUCAGUCGGAAGUAGAGCUACAAGCGCCGUUGCAAGCUUUCAAAGCUCUCCUGCGCUAUGUGUAUUCAGGUCACAUGGGUCUAUCCCUCCUUCGUGAGGACACAGUUCUGGACAUGCUGGGUCUGGCGCACCAGUUCAACUUCCAGAAAUUGGAAGCGGCCAUAUCGGAUUAUUUGCGACAAGUUCUGGCGCUUAGGAAUGUUUGCGCUGUGCUGGAUGCUGCCAGAUUGUACGGUCUGGAAGCGUUGAUGGACUACUGCUACAAUUUCCUGGACAGGAAUGCCACGGAAGUCUUACAGCACGACACUUUCCUUCAGUUGUCCGUCGAAGCGCUGCAAGGUCUAUUAGAGAGAGAUUCGUUCUUCGCCCCAGAAGUGGAUAUAUUCAAAGCUGUGUGUAACUGGUUCAAUGCCAACCAGCAGUGGGUCAAAUCAGAGAGCGGGAUGGCACAAUCGGAGAAGAUCCUAAAGUGUGUCCGUCUAACCCUGAUGAGCCUGGAGGAACUGCUCACAGUUGUACGUCCCUUCUCCCUCGUGACACCUGAUAUGCUGCUAGAUGCUAUACAGGAGAAGACGCAGACGAACAGCACCGGUCUGCCGCAUAGAGGGCUCUUGUUGCCAGAAGAAAACGUAGCCACCGCAAAACGUGGAGCCCGAGUCCUCACCGGAGACAUGAGGGGAGCCCUGCUCGACGGGGACGUGGACAACUACGACAUGGAGCACGGGUACACGCGCCACACCAUAUCCGACGCGGCCGACAACCCGGGCAUCGUGGUGCGGUUGGCCACCACCACCAUCAUCAAUCAUCUGCGGCUGCUGCUCUGGGAUAGGGAUAAUAGGUCAUACGCGUACUACAUAGAAGUAUCAAUCGACCAAAAGGACUGGGUGCGCGUGAUCGACCACAGCAACUACUUCUGCCGCUCCUGGCAGAACCUGUACUUCGAGCCCAGGGUGGUGCAGUACAUCAAGAUUGUGGGCACCAGCAACACGGUCAACAAGGUGUUCCACGCGGUGUCACUGGAGGCCAUGCACACGGCUCGCGUGCCGCCGCUGUGCGACGGGCUCAUCAAGCCGCUGCACAACGUGGCCACCGUCGACCUGUCCGCCGUCGUCGCUGAGGGCAUCAGCCGCUCCCGUAACGCCUUACUGAACGGCGACACGGAGCACUACGACUGGGAGCAGGGCUACACGUGCCACCAGCUCGGCUCGGGCGCCAUCGUGGUGCAGCUCGCGCAGCCCUACCUGCUGUCCUCCAUACGCAUGCUGCUCUGGGACUGCGACUACCGGCACUACUCGUACUACGUCGAGGUGUCCAUCAACUACUGGCAUUGGGAUAUGGUGGCUGAUCGGACGAGGGAUCAUUGCAGGUCCUGGCAAGUUAUUUACUUCUCGCCCCGACCGGUGUCCAUCAUUCGUGUAGUUGGCACUAACAAUUCUGUCAAUGAAUUUGAUCAUGUGCAGGUGUUCCACCUCGUGCACCUGGAGUGCCCCGCGCAGGUGGAGCGCGAGGACCCGGCCGCCAAGAAGCAGCGCGCCGAGGGCGGGGACAGGCUCGCGCCGCAAGGUGAGUGGCUCUGCAGUGCAGGUGUGCACCUCGUGCACCUGGAGUGCCCCGCGCAGGUGGAGCGCGAGGACCCGGCCGCCAAGAAGCAGCGCGCCGAGGGCGGGGACAGGCUCGCGCCGCAAGGUGAGUGGCUCUGCAGUGCAGGUGUGCACCUCGUGCACCUGGAGUGCCCCGCGCAGGUGGAGCGCGAGGACCCGGCCGCCAAGAAGCAGCGCGCCGAGGGCGGGGACAGGCUCGCGCCGCAAGGUGAGUGGCUCUGCAGUGCAGGUGUGCACCUCGUGCACCUGGAGUGCCCCGCGCAGGUGGAGCGCGAGGACCCGGCCGCCAAGAAGCAGCGCGCCGAGGGCGGGGACAGGCUCGCGCCGCAAGGCAGCAGCAGCAACACGAGCAACAGCAGCCAGGAGCGCCGUUCCCCAUCACCAGCCCGCGAGGGCGCAGCCCCCGAGCCCCCGCGUAGGGCUCUGCCCGUAGCCGAGACAGCCACUGAAGCGGAGGAGCGGUACGAAGCGAUCGAUUAACUGCUCCUGUGGUUGCAUAGCUGGUGAAUCGUGACUCAUCAACAACUCUAGUGCAUUAAUACUUAUUACAUACAGACUGUUAUUAAAGACGGUUACAUAAGUAGUGAGUGUGGACUCACCACGUGGGAAAAAUAUAGUGCACUAGUACUUCAUAAUAGUCAGUAUAUAAAUAUUGACUGGUUAUUUAUGGUGUAAGUGGGGACUGAGAGAACUAUAGUGCACUAAUCACACUUUCCACAGGGAAUGUGUUUGUUUUCCAACUGGUGUGGUGAUGAUUUCUAGUGUAAAAAUAUAAUAGCGCACUUAUCCUACUUCUUAUAAGCGUUAUACGAUUUACAGUGAGGAGGAGGACUGUUCAUUCGAAUGUUUAAAUAUAUUAAACUAACCGUUGAAGGGAUUAACU